ACAGUGCAUGAGUGCGUGAACGUCUGAGUGUGAGGGACACAAAGACAGAGGGGAAGAGAGAGAGAGAGAGAGAGAGAAACAUGGAAACGAGAUUAGGCGUGAGUUUUAAACAAGUCCCGGUCCUACACUGAAGAAGUCCCGGCUGCUAACAGACCUCUUAAACCCGGGAUUAUUAUGCCCAGCGCCACCGUGUCCGUGCGAAGUUUAUCUGAAGUAGAGAAAUACCUCGGCAGCCGGAUGGACCGGAGUACCGAGGGCAGUUUUCUGAGCCUCUCUGGGUCGAUGCGUCGAGGUUCUUCAGAGAACAAUCUGGAACUCGAUCUUCACGAUGGAUCAGAGAGAAGUCCUGGUCCUCCUCUGGGCUGCGAGGUCCAGCGUAGUCGGUCUUGCUUGGACAGCCUCCAGCAGAAGAUCCUGAAAGUCACCGAGCAGCUGAAGAUCGAGCAGACGGCGAAAGAGGAGAACGUGGCCGAGUACUUGAAGCUCGUGAACAGCGCGGACAAGCAGCAGGUGGGACGCAUCAAGCAGGUGUUUGAAAAGAAGAACCAGAAGUCGGCUCAAAACAUCGCACAGAUGCAGAAGAAGCUGGAGCAGUAUCAUCGAAAAAUGAAGGACAACGAGGUCCACCACAGCCCCUCCCAUCAUACGUCCACUGUCAAACACAGCACCAUCCCCAGGGAGUCUCCCCGAGAGCUGCUGAGGGAUAUGACGGGCUCAGGCCGACACCCAACCAUGGACAAGAUCAAGACCAUCGGACCGGGUGUUUCCCUCUCCCCUCCAUUCUUCUUCAGCAAACCGAGAGAGUUCGCCAACCUCAUCAGGAACAAGUUUGGUAGCGCAGACAACAUCGCCCACCUGAAGACCAGCAUGGAUGCCGCCUCACAGCUGCCCACUGAGGGUGCCGGAAAGGGGCUGAGCAGCAGCACCUCCAUGGUGGGCAAGCCCAAGUACCCCAGCGACGACGAGUGCUCCUCGGGGAGUGCAUCCAUUUCGGCAGACAGUAACGGGAACCCGGUGGGGCAGGCGCAGGCCCUGGCGCAGACGCAGGCGCAGGACCAGGGCCAGGGCCAGGGCCAGCAGCAGCCCGAGGUAGACAGCCAGAGCAGACUGGCCCUGAGCCUGGAGGAGGUGAGGGAGAUCAAAGAGGCCCAGAGCCAGCUGGAGGAGGACAUGGAGGAGCUGAAGACACAGUUCAAGAGAGAGUUUGGCGUUGUGAGCCAAUCAUUGCAGGAGGAGAGAUUCAGGUUUGAGCGUUUGGAAGACCAGCUGAACGACCUGACGGAGCUCCACCAACAUGAGAUGACUAACUUGAAGCAGGAACUGGCCAGCAUCGAGGAGAGGGUGGCCUACCAGGCUCAAGAAAGGGCCCGGGACAUACAGGAGGCUCUGGAGUCAUGUCAGACACGAGUGUCCAAGCUGGAGCUCCAGCAGCAGCAGCAGCAGCAGACGGUGCAGCUCGAGAGCCGCGACGCCCGAGUCCUGCUGGGGAAGAGCAUCAACAUCAUGCUGGCCAUUAUCACCGUCAUCCUGGUGUGCGUCUCCACCGCUGCCAAGUUUGCUGCUCCGCUGAUGAAGAGCCGGCACCACGUGGUCGCCACCGUCCUUGGAGUGUGUUUUUUGACCAUGUUCUGGAAGAACUGGGACCGUUUACUUUAUGCCUUGGACAGGCUGCUGAUGCCCGCUUGAUAGAGUGAAGAGUGCACAAACCCCACGGCUGAAACAUGGGCCCUGCCAGGUGUCGGGAUAGGACUGUCUGAGAGGAUUGGUUGUACAAUCGUCAGAAGACACGAUCACCAUGCAUUUACAGAGGUCACUGUUUUAAAAAAAAAAAAAAAAAAGUCAGACUGAAAUUACUUUUCGCUGAUUUUCUUUCUUGUCUAGAACUUGAAUGUGAGUUGCUAAAAAAAAUUCCUUUAACCUUUAGAAUAAUAUUUAUAUAACGGUAAAUGUUCUUACUUCUUCAUUGAUUGCUAUGAAAUCAUCUCAACAUUUUGAUCUCAAAGAUUGCCUUAUCACUACAAUGCAGCACAAAUGGAGCUCAACACACGAACAUUUGGUGAACUAACAUUCUUUCUCAUUAUAUUUCUCAAAAGUAUUCCUGCACGUGCACACCGACAGGACUUCAAGCUUGGUGUCUUGUUUGCCACAGCUGUGUAAAGCUAAAGCUGUAAAGGUGCUGGAGGUGGAUAUUGUUACCUUUGCACAGAGACAGGCUCACUGUUUUCCUUUUGUUUGUGGCCUUUACGUUAAGCUAAGCCAACUUGGUUGCAGCUGUGUAUUGAGCAUACACACACAAAGUGGUGUCAAACUUCUUGUGCAACACUCAGCAAAAGAAGACAAACUCCCCGAAUGUUGAACUAUUCCUUCUACACAGAGACAAUAGUCAUCGUGCUAUUUUAUGUGUUGAUUCUCUCUUUUCUUUUUUUUGCGCUGUCAUUCCAAGUGUGGUCAGUCAUCUCUUUAUUUUUUUUUUCUGUUUACUGUUCUUAAUGUUUUUAAGUGCAAUAUAUUUGAUUUGUAAGAGCACUGUUUAGAAGAAGUUGUGUUUAGUGAGCCUUGUACGUCAAUGUGGUGCUGGAGGAGAGGACGGGGGGAGGGGGGGGGGGGGGGGGCUGUGUCAGUAAUGUUGGCAUGAGAUAUCCAUAACCACUGAAGCCACUGCUGGGCUCUGAUAAGACCAGCUGUCUCCUCUUCUUAAGGGCCAAAAAUCAUUCCCACUGCAUUAGCGUGUGGUUAGCAUGCUAAUAUCGACACACACCAGAUCUCCAGUGCAGACGCAUGUGCGCACAGACCCAGAAUAACACAAAAAAACAGAGUCUCUUUAAUGUCUUAUGUUUGUUUGUUUUUUUUACUAAUAAUGUGAUUAAGAAGUGAUGGUAUACUGUGAUAAAAGGCCUUUAUAUAAGGAAAAAUGCAAUUCCCUUUUUUUAAAGGAGCAACAAACCGCCUUGAGUGCUCCGAUGAUGAAAGAGGAGCACAACACAGGCUCUAAGUGAUGAACUACGAGCCUUACUUUGGACUGACUAAUAUUUUAUUUUGUUUUGUCUUUGUGGAUCUCACAUGAAGCUACAGAUUACUUUUUAAUGUUUGUCUGCCAUAAUAACAUGUUUAUGUCGUCUCUCUGGUGUAUGAUGUAUGAUUUUUGUUCCCGUUUGGACUUGAGGAACUUGCAGAUCUACAGAUCUGGUUUACAUUCUCUUCUUCUCUCUGGUGCACUAUGUGAUCAAUCAGAUGUAUUUUAAUGCAUUAUGUGCCUUUGUCUGACAAUUUCUGUUAAAUUAAACAACCCUUUUUAAUCA